UCAGGGAGAAGAUUAAGGGAAGCCACACUGGUAGCACUGCGGGGGCAGGAUGGUAGCUGAUGCCCUCCCACCUGGGGGCGACAAUGCAGGUAGGAAGAAGUGAAGAAGUGGGGCUGGAGCGAUAGCACAGUGGGUAGAGCAUUUGCCUUGCACGUGGCCGACCCGGGUUCGAUUCCCAGUAUCCCAUAUAAUCCCCUGAGCACUGCCAGGAGCAAUUUCUAGAUGCAAAGCCAGGAGUAACCCCUGCACAUUGCCAGGUGUGACCCAAAAAGAAAAAAAAAAAGAAGUGAAGAAGUGAUCAGAUGUGGGGUCUGUUGGAAGACAAAGCCAGUGAGGGGUCAGGGAGAUAGGACAGUGGGUAGGGUGUUUGCUUUGCAUGAGGCAGACCUGAGUUUGAUCUCCGGCAUUCCGUAUGGUCCCCCAAGCACUACCAGGAGUAAUUACUGAGUGCAGAGUUAGGAGCAAUCCCUGAGCAUCUCUGGGUGUGCCCCCCAAAAAAGAUAGUGGCUUUCUAUAUGGGCUAAUUAUGGGGUGGAAAGGACAGGAUUAGGGUCCUGGAUUAGGGCCUGAGCAGCUCAUGCAAGAGUUGUCUAUUCAUUGCAGGUCAAGUUCAUUGUGCUAAUCAGACCUAAAGUAGAGAUGUCAAGUAGUCAGGAGGUGAGCAGGGCCAGGGAGAGCUCAAAGGACUGGUGCCGGGUACGAUCUGGCAUCACAGUGUCCCUGAGCAUGGCUGGGAACAAGCCCUGAGCAGUGAGCCAGGAGUAACCCCCAAGCACCAUCAGGUAUAGCAACACCCCAAAAUCAAUUAUGCAGCCAUGCAUCACUUAAUGACAGUCUGGUCAAUGACAGAUCACACAGAUGAUGGUGGUCUGGGCAGGUGACAGCCUGACAGCACCUCUCAGCCCAGAUGUAUAGCAGGCUAGACCAUCUCUCAGCCCAGAUGUAUAGCAGGCUAGAUCAUCUCUCAGCCCAGAUGUAUAGCAGGCUAGACCAUCUCUGAGCCCAGAUGUAUAGCAGGCUAGACCAUCUCUCAGCCCAGAUGUGUAGCAGGUUAGACCAUCUCUCAGCCCAGAUGUGUAGUAGGCUAGACCAUCUCUCAGCCCAGAUGUGUAGUAGGCUAGACCAUCUCUCAGCCCAGAUGUGUAGUAGGCUAGACCAUCUCUCAGCCCAGAUGUGUAGUAGGCUAGACCAUCUCUCAGCCCAGAUGUGUAGUAGGCUAGACCAUCUCUCAGCUCAGAUGUGUAGCAGGCUAGACCAUCUCUCAGCCCAGAUGUGUAGCAGACUAGACCAUCUCUAAGCCCAGAUGUGUAGAAGGCUAAAUUAUCUCUGCAGCUAAGAUUUGUGGCAGGCUAGAUCAUCUCUACAGUUCAAAUGUGUAACAGUCUAGACUACCUCCACAGUCCAGAUGUGUUGGUACACAUGUGUGGUAGCUAGACCAUCUCUACAGUUCAAAUGUGUAACGAGCUAGACCAUCUCUCAGCCCAAGUGUGUAGCAGGCUAGACCAUCUCUCAGCCCAAGUGUGUAGCAGGCUAGACCAUCUCUCAAUUCAGGUGUGUAGCAGGUUAGACCAUCUUUCAGCCCCAGUGUAUAGCAGGCUAGGUCAUCAGUGUUGCUGUGGUAGACACUAGGAUGCCUCCACAUAGUGGACUCACCAGCUGAUGCCCUUCUCCCCUUCUCAAAAGAGUCCCCCCAGGGGCUGAAGCGAUAGCACAGUGGGUAGGGCAUUUGCCUUGCACGCGGCCGACCCAGGUUCGAUUCCCAGCAUCCCAUAUGGUCCCCUGAGCACCGCCAGGAGAUAUUCCUGAGUGCCUGAGCCAGGAGUAACCCCUGUGCAUCAGCAGGUGUGACCCAAAAAGCACACACAAAAAAAAGAAUCCCCCCACCCACACCUGCCUGUUAAGGCCCUCGGGGCUGCACAGAUCUGAAGCGUAGCGGACACUGACAAAUGAACUGGAAGCUGGGCGUGUGCGGAGGUCACUGGCAGAGCAAGGAUUAGGGACGUGGGGGAGGAGGAGGAGGAACCCAGUGGGAGAGGAAGAAAACAGAUGCCAGGGGGAGAGCGGACAGAGGUCACUCCCGUCAGCCUGCCGUGAGCGGGACGUUGACGUCAGCUCUGUGGAGCCAGGGAGGGCUUCCGGUCACCUUGGAACAAGCUGCUCUGGGAGGGCCAGAGAGGAGCCUGGCCCAGGCAGCGGAAAGGGAGGGGCCAGCCGGGGAGACCAGGGCUGCCGAGCCGGGGAGCGCGGAUGCGAGAGGACAAGCACUGCCAGGCCAAGAGGGACCAGUAGAGAGGAGGGCAGUACGGGUAGGAUUGUAGACACAACGUGUUUACCAAGGAGCAGGGUCCAAGGCCCACUUGUAGGGGCUGGAUUUUAAAAUAAAAGUAAGGCUACUGGCUACAUUUUAGCAGAAAAUUUUAAAGAAAAGGCUAAAUGUGUACAUACAGCUACUGGGGGUUCUGAUCCUUGGGGGUGGAGAAUACAACAUAUGAACUACCCCGGCUUCUGAUUUCUGAGUGAACCCAAAGCAAGACCGCUCAUCAAAAAGCUUGUUCCUUGGGGCUGGAGCGAUAGCACAGCGAGUAGGGCGUUUGCUAUGCACACGGCCAACCCGGGUUCGAUUCUCAGCAUCCCAUAUGGCUCCCCGAGCACCACCAGGAGUAAUUCCUGAGUGCAGAGCCAGGAGUAAACCCUGUGUAUCGCUGGAUGUGACCCGAAAAGCAAAAAAAAUUUUUAAAGUUUUAGGCAAAACUCAAGUGCCAGUAGGGCUGGAGCAAUAGCAUAGUAGAUAGAGCGUUUGCCUUGCACGUGGCCGACCCAGGUUCAAUUCCCAGCAUCCCAUAUGGUCCCCUGAGCACCGCCAGGAGUAAUUCCUGAAUGCAGAGCCAGGAGGAACCCCUGAGCAUCGCCGGGUGUGACCCAAAAAGCAAAUAAAUAAAUAAAUAAAUAAAUAAACCUCAAGUGUCAGAAUACCCAUAGCAGUUUACAUUCACUGCAGCCCCAGGAGAACCAACCCGCCAUGGAUCCGUGGGAUAGGAUGGAUGGUGUCAACUAGAAACACAUUUUCCUGAAGGAAAACGGAGCUGUGAGAAGCUCAGUGCUUCAAACUCACUGGCGGGGCCAGCAGCAGCCCGGGGCUAGACGCCGGGCGCGGAGGCCACAGACGGGCCCCUUCUCACACGCAGUUCUAGAACAGAGCAGACAAUCGUCGGCCAGCGACAUGGGAGCUGCGAUUGGAUCUGGCGGGGGCGGGAAACGGGGUGUUAAAGAGGCUUGAGGAAGGCUGGGGGGGUGGGGGCACAGAACAUUCUACAUUCUAGAUUUGGUCAUUGUCCCGUAGUUGGAUUCAUGUCUCACACCCCCUGAUGUGACACGCGUGCCUCUGUGUCUGCCUUCCUCGGCUCGCAUUAAGAAGGGCCGGGGGAUGCUCACAACUGCCCGAGCCAAGUCCCCCUCGCUCCUUCGCCAGGUAAAGGACCCCAGGGCUGGACAGUAGAACUGGACACCCAGCCGAAUGGGCGACUCAGAAACACCCGUGCCCUUCCCGGGAUCCUGAACUGGAGGGGGAUGAGGACCCGGCUCUGAACUAGCCCAAGGGCUCUAAAACACUUUGGAGAACCAGAACCGCACCCCGGACGUGCGGGGGUGGGGGGGGAGGCUUUGGCAGCAGCCCCCACUGACGGCUGGUGCGGGAUCGCCAUGGCCCAGAACAUAAAGGACUUGGUGGGGCGGCUGCCCUCCGGGCCCCGGGGCACAGGCACGGCGCUGAAGCUUCUGCUGGGUGCAGGCGCCGUGGCCUACGGCAUCCACGAGUCCACGUUCACCGUGGAAGGCGGCCACCGGGCCAUUUUCUUUAACCGCCUCGGCGGGGUGCAGCAGGACCCCAUCCUGGCCGAGGGCCUCCACUUCCGGAUCCCCUGGCUGCAGUACCCCAUCAUCUACGACAUCCGGGCGCGGCCCCGGAAGCUCUCCUCCCCGACGGGCUCCAAGGACCUGCAGAUGGUGAACAUCUCCCUGCGGGUGCUGUCGCGCCCUGACGCCCUGGAGCUGCCCAGCCUGUACCAGCGCCUGGGGCUGGACUACGAGGAGCGGGUGCUGCCGUCCAUCGUCAACGAGGUGCUCAAGAGCGUGGUGGCCAAGUUCAACGCCUCGCAGCUCAUCACCCAGCGCGCCCAGGUGUCCCUGCUGGUCCGGCAGCAGCUGACGGACAGGGCCAAGGACUUCGGCCUCGUCCUGGACGACGUGGCCAUCACCGAGCUGAGCUUCGGCCGCGAGUACAUGGCCGCCGUGGAGGCCAAGCAGGUGGCGCAGCAGGAGGCGCAGCGGGCCCAGUUCCUGGUGGAGAAAGCCAAGCAGGACCAGCGGCAGAAGAUCAUCCAGGCCGAGGGCGAGGCGGAGGCGGCCCAGAUGCUGGGGGCGGCACUGAGCAGGCACCCGGGCUACCUGCAGCUGCGCAGGAUCCGGGCCGCCCGGAGCAUCGCCAAGACCAUGGCCGACUCCCGGAACCGGGUCUAUCUCGCCGCCAACAACCUGCUGCUGAACCUCCAGGAUGAAAACUUCACCCAGGAAAUCGACAAACUCCUCAAAGGUAAGGAACUGCGGUGGGGGACCCGGAACUUCACCCCGCCGGGCACGUGGUCCGCUUCCCUCCCCGGAUUCUGAGGAUCCGGGCCCACCCCAGUAUCUUUUUUUUGGGGGGGUCACACCCAGCGAUGCUCAGGGGUUACUCCUGGCUUUGCACUCAGGAAUUACUCCUGGCGGUGCUUGGGGGACCAUAUGGGAUGCCGGGGAUCGAACCCGGGUUGGCCGCAUGCAAGGCAAACGCCCUACCUGCUGUGCUAUCGCUCCGGCCCCCUGCCCCAGUAUCCUGUGAUGACCAGUGUCCAUCCCCCUGUGUGGGCGAGGCAGGGCUCGGUGACCCCUGGAUGCUGGCGCCUCCCUCAAGUCGGGCAGCCUGAACCCAUUCCCGGGAAUUCUUCAUUUUUAUUGCUUAAACUGGAAAAGCUAUAACAAUAUGGACCAGAGAGAUAGUACAGUGGGUAGGGUGCUUGCUUUGUAGGCAGCUGAACCCGGGUUCAAUCCCUGGGUAUAAGGUCCCCUGAGCACCGCCAGGAGUGGUCCCUGAGCACAGAGCCAGCUGUAAGCUCUGAGCAUCACCUGGUGUGGCCCCCAAACCAGGAGAGAAUAAAAAUCAAAACCUGGGGCUGGAGCGAUAGCACAGUGGGUAUAGGGCAUUUGCCUUGCACGUGGCCGACCUGGGUUCGAUUCCCAGCAUCCCAUAUGGUUCCCCGAGCACUGCCAGGAGUAAUUCCUGAGUGCAGAGCCAGGAGUAACAGCAUUGCUGUUGGGUGUGACCCAAAAAGAAAAAAAAACCCUGCAUAAUAAAAAAAGAACAUUUGGAGAGGUUCGAGAGAUAGUACAGUGAGGAGGGUGUUUGUCUUGCAUGUCACCAACCCAGGUUCCACCCCCAGCAUCCCAUAUGGUCCCCUGAACACUGCCAAGAGUAACUUCUGGAGGCUGGAGCAAUAACACAGUGGGUAGGGCAUUUGCCUUGCACGCACCAACCCGGGUUUGAUUCCCAGCAUCCCAUAUGGUCCCCUGAGCACUGCCAGGGGUGAUUCCUGAGUACAGAGCCAGGAGUAACCCCUGUGCAUCACCAGGUGUGACCCAAAAAGAAAAAAAAAAGUAACUUCUGAGUGCAGAGCCAGAGUAGCCCCUGAGCAUUGCCGGUGGGACCCAAAAGACAAACAAAAACCAGCUUGGAACCCCAGCUGAACCCCUCCCUAGACACCUCUGGGGUUCCCAGGAGCAAAGUCUGAAAGCCAACAACCCCCAACAAAUUGCCUUUUCGUGGCACCUAGGCACUCACUGCCAGUAGGGGAGCAAAGAGAUUGCGGGGGUCCCUCUAACCCCCGCCCCCACUGGGA